GCCAUCGUCGUCGUCGGUCGUGAUGAUCGUCUUCAAUAAACUUGGCGUAAAUAAAAAAAUCUCUCCUCGGUGGACAGUUGCUUGCUGAACUUGAACCAGAAAGCAGUGCGAUUCGGGAGGAAUAUCAUUUUGGAUUAUUGUCGGCAGGAUGUUGAGGAAGGUUUUGUUAUUGAUGGCGGUAGGGACGGUAGUUCUAGGUGGACCAGCAGUUCCUCAAAGCGAACGCCGUGGGUCCAAAGCUGAAGCGGAAACUACUCAGGAAAUAACAACAAGUGCCAUGGCGGAGACGUCGGUUUCAAAUGAAGUGGGUGACGUUGAUAGUGAGACAUCCUUUGGAACUGAGGUUCAAACUUCAAAGCCGGAAUCUACAACGCAUGCUGAGGAAAUUACAACGGUCGUUGCAGCUAAGCCUUCAACUACGGCAGCUCCUGUUGUUUCAACGACCAAAUCAAGGAAAACGAUUACGUUCGAUCAGCGACAGCAGGGUAAGUUCAACAUUCGUGCCGACUUGGAAAACUUCAUGAUCGUCGUUGUACCUUCAUCACCUUCGGCCGGAAUUUCUUUGCUGGAUCUCCUGAAUCGCUCAAGCCAGAAGAAACAACACCAGAAGAAGAAAUCUGUUCAUCGUAAAAACUCGAAAAAUUCUGCUCACAAAAAGAAGCAAUCCAUUACCCCUGAAGUAGUUGUGCUGGAUGAGUCCAAUUCCCAGGCUCGAGUUGAUACCGAAGAAUUUAUUGAAGGCCGCACGCCUUAUAAAGUGGAUAUCUCUAGCUCUGCUCGUAGCGAUAACUCGGAAAUCCCUUCGCCCAUCUACCGCGUCGUGCGACCUUUCAUGUUCAACGUCGAACAACCUAGCUCCUCCAAUACGAUUCGUUUCCCAUCGCCCUCAGGUAACUAUUAUGAUAGUUCUUUAAGAGCCUCCAAAUCCCUGCUGCUUCCGGCGUCGUUUGAGGACGAAAUUAGAACUAAUACCGUAUACAACACCCUACUAACUGACAAUUAUAACAACAAUGGUGAUGGUGAUGAAAGUAGUAGCAUCGAUACUAGCGAAUCUCAUGGUAGUGAGGAGGAUUUGUUUUAUCUGAUGCCGGAACGGAUCUUCCUAGACUUACCUGCUUCUCAUGAUUCUUCGUUCGAUAGCCUAGCAGCGUAUCCGCACUCCGAUGUCGAUAUGACCAAACUGCAGCUCCAGCCAGACGACGAACAGCAAGGCGACGGUUGGGAUCUGAAGCUUCUAGGAGCGCAGGAACAGUGCGGCCCCGGUGCCAAGCGUGACAGUUACGGUGUAUGCCAAUUUUUUGCGUCGUAGGUCAAUUGUAGGACACCAGCCCCUAGGUCCAUAAGACUUAUUUAUUAGCAUUUAGCGAUCGUCGCGUCCCCCAACCUCUAAUUUAUUAUAGAACAACAUUGUAAGUGCCAAAUAAAACAAACCAUACAAAAUCCUUGAAA